GAAUUUUGUCAUCUGAGUGAAUUGAUUUGCUUAGGAAAUAUAUUGAAGAGGUCCAUCAAAACAGAGAUGAAGCUCUACCAACAGGAAAGGGUUAAACAAACUGGGAGUGCUGAACAUGCCAGUCUCACAAUUUUAUGACACUGGCAAAUACUCAUAUAGCCCCUCUCCAAACUAAUGCCCUUUGCCUGAACAAAGGAGCAUAGCAUCCUGAUUGUGGGGAUUACAAUGCACACUAGAAACAGCCCCUUUGCCCUUUUUAAGAGGGGGACACAGUGCCAAACAGCCUAGAGAAAAACAGAUUCCCAUGUUGCAUCACACAGUGUACUCCUCACAUUUCACUCAGAUUUCCAUCAGAUAUAUGGGACUAAAGAAUGGGGGACAUGGGCACUUGGGCCCACUGGUGCUUUGGAGACACAAGAUCAUGAAUUUGGUAAUUAAUAGGCUUUCACUCUUUUGAUAUGCUGUACAAAAAGAAGUGAAUAUAAUAAGCAAAUACUAGUUCGAUGUUUUGUACUUAACACCCUGCUCAGCUACAGCUGAGACAAGGGAAGUUCUUUUGGUGUAGUUUGCUAAUGAUGCAGAUGUGGAAAGGUUUGGGUUUUUCUGCAGAGGUUUUUGUGCCUGUGCAGCUUUAGCAACUGUUCUAGAAUAGGGAAGAGCUCAUUAAGACUUAGGAGUAAAAACGGGAGAUGAAAAAUGACUGAACAGAUGAUGAACAGAGCUGUGAAAUCAAGUUCCCAUGAUUUAAUAGAUGACCAUUCAGUCCUGGAGCUAUGAAAAUUGACAGUGUGCAGUGACUGAACCAAUCCACUUGCAAAAUAAUGUAGCCUAGCCUAUUUAUUUUCAUAAAGGCGCAAAUUAAGAUCAUGAAUGUGGUUCAUUACCACAGCAUGUGGCUCAGAUGACCACGGUAAUUACUGAGCUGGUGACUCAGUCAACUUCUACCCAUGGUAACAGGGAAAUUAGAGAUCAAUGUUUUGCUUCUGUAAAUUUGUGUUUUAUUUCUCUACAUACAGCUAGGACAUGCAGCUGCCUCCUAUAGGCCAUCUGCACAUGUGGGGUUGGAGAGAAGGGACUGGAAGCCAGCAUUCUUAAAUCUCUGCUGAGGAGAUGGGAAUUAAGGGGAGACUUCAAGUUGUCAAAGUGGGAGAAGACAACGUUAAGGAUGAUUAUAGCACAAGAAGUGUUCUGUUAUACACUGGGAAUACAUGGAAACUGAUAUUUUCACCAUAAUGCAAAAGCCUUGGUAGACAAAGGUGGACAUUUACAAUGAUCUCCCAGUCAUGUACUACAGAAAGCAUGAACAUGCCUUUCAUUUCUCUGUUACUUGCAAAUUAAUCCAAUGUCUGAAUGUUUCAAAGCAUUUUCCAUCUCCCUGAGGUGGGGUUUUCUUGCAUAUGGCAACGCCAUCAGUCACAUACAGCUUCUGACCCCUAUUUGCCAAGUCUUGCUAGCUGAGGAAGCAGCUCUCACUUUUGGAGCCAGAGAAGCUGCUUGCAUCUACUCUGUGUGGUUACUGACCUGGGCAAGACACUUUCUGAUGAGCAGAGUAUACAAAAACACAGGCUCAAGACUGAAGGGAUGGAAGGGUUUGGGGAAACGGGUGACUAUUAAGUAGAGCCUUGGUGUGACUAUCACCAAGGCAGCCAGGUGAAAAGACAAGUAAAGCAGCAGCUCAGUUCCUCCUUCGAGUUUCUUACUGUAACUUUAACUUCACUGUAGCCGGCUCCUGGUCCCGGUGUUGGCUGGUGGCCUGACCUGUCUGUUGUCUCUGCCAUCCUCCCACCGUGGGCGGGAAAGCAAUGUGACACAAACGGAGAGGAGCAGAGAAACUCCUGAAAUACCUGGAGAAGCCAGGCUGCCCAACGCCAGGCGUGCCGGGCUGAGUACACGCACAACAGUAGUGCCUGUCAGACUCCCUGCCUCCAGCCUGGUUCUACUUUCGCACACAAGUGUAGCAGUCGAUAUUCUGGGAAAAAGGCGUGAGGGGGGGAUAUUCCUGAAACAAAACACACAGAUUUUAACGCGAUGCCUACGUUUCCACGAAGACUUGCCGCUGUGCACCCCGCACCGCCCGGGGAGUGGGACUGCCUUCCCCAUUCUGGGCUCGUUCCGCAGGAGGAAAACCCAAGGACAACCACAGCCACAGCCAUGCAGCCCUUCUUCCUGACCACAGCCGCUGCUAAUUUUAAAAGUUCUUUGUGCCGCUUCCGAGAGAAAAAAAAAAUGUCUGUAACAGAGGUGAUGAGAACAGGCCGUAAGCAGCAGAGCCAGGGUAUGAGGCUGAGGAAAAGCCUCUGCUCCUCGCGGGGCUCAGUGUCGGGCACAGUCGCCCGACAAGCGCUGGGUUUGCCAAGUUCGUGGGAAAAGAGACAAAGGAAGAUCCUGGGAACAAGCGCUGGCGGGGGAUUUGUCGCUUUGCCGCUCCUCUCCGCCGCCUGUUACCCCAUCCCCUCCACUCCCACGCCGUGGCGUGGGCGGCCGCCCCGGCAGUGCCCGCGGGAGAGACCGCCGUGUUUGCGUUUGUGCCGGGCAGUCACAUGGAAACAGGCUCGCAGCGCCCCCGCACUCCCGCGCUGCCCGGGCAGCGGCCGGCCGAGCCCUGCCGCGCCGGGAGCUCCGCCGCCUGCCUCUGGCCCCGCCGUGCCCGGCUGCGGUCUGGCCGGGCAGCCCGAGUGUCAGGGCUCGCGGCGCGGCGCCACUUCCCGGCCGGCCGGUGGUGAGGGGGGCCCGGCCAUGGAGACCCUCGUGCGCCCCGGGGCCAGCAAACCCCCUACCGGGAAAAGAAUGAAAGCUCGUGCUCCCCCUCCACCAAAUCAACCUUCUGCAGCCAGUAGAAUUCACAGUGAGCACAAGUCACCUGCAGAGACAGCUGUGAUUUCUGAUCAGAACCUCGUGAGCAUGAAGGAGAACAUGAUCAACAGACUGGUCAACUUGAUAGUUGUUUUACCCAGUGGGGUGGAACAGAAGUGCACAGUGCAAGGAAGCAAAGCUGUGAUGGAUGUAUUGGUUGACUUAUGCAGCCAGUAUCGCUUAAAUCCAUCCCAACAUAGUCUUGAACUAAAGUCUUCGGGAACUCAACAAGUUCUGAGUUACAAGCCAAACACUUUGAUAGGAGCACUGGAUGUACAGACAGUACUUCUGAAAGAGAAGAUUCCUGAAGAGAAGGCAAAGCGACCUCUGCCAAGGGUCCCUGAGAAAUCUGUGAGGCUGGUAGUGAACUACCUGAAGACACAGAAGGCUGUGGUUCGGGUUAGUCCAGAGGUGCCUCUCCACAGCAUCAUCCCAGCUAUUUGUGAGAAGUGUGAAGUCAGUCAAGAGCACAUUGUUCUUCUGCGGGAUGGCAUAACUGGGGAAGAGCUGGAGCUUACCAAGUCUUUGGAGGAGCUAGGGAUAAAGGAGCUGUAUGCCUGGGACAGAAAAAAAGUUCCUCCAUCAAAAACUCAGUCUGAACCUUCUCUGAACUAUAGAGAACCAAAUCGAAAGGCUUCAGUAAGCAGUGAUGCAAUAGAGAAAGAAAAGACAAGACUUUUGGGAUUGUUUAAUGCUGAUAGAAGAAGCAGUAAGACAGAAGAAUACUUGAGGAUGAACAGAGAUUGUUGUGAGGAGGAUGCUUUUAGUUCUGCAUCUACAAGUGAAGGAAGCUUGGAUGGUUUUUCCACAGCACCAAACUCCCCUUCGGUGAAUUCUCGUUCCAGUAGCCUGGGUUCGUCACUGUCUCUUGGUAACAUCUCUGGAAUGACAGCAAACCCAGAAGUGAAAAAGCGCAGAGCACCUCCUCCACCAGUGGCAACACCAGUAUUGCCGAACGAAGAGGUGAGGGGACAAGAGAGGACAGCAGCACAGAUAUCACAAGGAGCAUCCCUGAAUGAUUUAAGGAAAAAGAAGAGGCGUGCCCCUCUUCCACCAGCUGUGUCUGCUCCACCCACUCCCACCAUGCCAAACAGGACAGAAGACAGGGAAGACAAGAGGAAGAGCACAAUGGUUUACUGUUGUGCAUCAUUUCCUUCAUACUCCAAGCGUGUCUGACAGACCUUACCUCUUCCUAUGACCUUCAUACUUCUGAGCCUCCUGUUGUCUCUGCUAUCCUGAUUCUUCUGUUGCCUUCCUUCCUCCCCUGCUGGAAAAAAAAAAAAAAAACAACUUUUUUUUGACUGAGAUUUUGGCUUCUUUUCUUUUUAAACUUGCACAUUCUCUAUUCUCACAUUCUCACAUUAAUCUCUCACAUUACUAUUGAUUAUUUCUGGCUGUGGUUCAUACUCAUUUGUGAAAUGUAUGCUCCAGAACUGAAUGGUGUGUUACAUAAAUCUAUAUAUCAGCCUCAGAAAGAUUAUCUGUCGUUCUUUUCAAAAAGAUUCUCUUUAUUUUGAGCCAUUGUUCAAUUUGAUUUGGUGUUGCAGAGGAGUGUGUUCUUGGGACAGGGUAUGUUACUUUCCAUAUUGUUUAAGGUUUUAAUGAAAAGUUUCUAAAAACUUUUUUUCUUUCUGUUACUCUAGGUAUAAAAUUUUGUAUUCUCUAUCUGUUCUGUUUUCCUUUUAUUGCAUCUGGUUUAUUCCUUUGGAACAAAACUAGAACUGGGCAUGGCCUAGUCAAGUUGAAGUGCAAGAUUAUUUCUGUAUCUUGGCAAUCAAUCAAGCUGUCAAGAAAAAAGAAACAGGAUCUAUAAGGGGCUUAAAAGAAAUACCAAGAACCAAUACCAAGUGCAGUGAUUCAUAUUCUUUACUUCUGCUUUCAUCCUGAUACUUAAUAUGAGUAAUUUUGUCUGGAUGCUGGAGACAUGCUGUAGAAAUCAAGGUGUGUUCUAUUUCUGCAACAAAAGAUGCAAACAUUGUUUGCUCAAGAUACAUCUUGUUCCACAAGUCUCCUUUUUGCACUUGUACUAGGAAUAGUCAGUGAGUUCCAACUAAAAUAUCAUCUAUAGGUUUGUACUUAGCAAAAACAUAUUUGUGCUAAAGGAAGUUCUUCAUGAGAACAGCCCAUAAGACAUAUAUUUUUAAUAAUCCUGAACUACAAACACAGGGUUUAUGAGUUGUAAUGUAAUGAUGCACACACCCAGAACUAUUCUGACCUCACAUGUACUGUGCUUUAAAACGUUCAUGUUAUUUAAAUGAGUGACUUGCAAUACAUAACUCUAAUUUAAAUGAUGAAAAAUUAUUGUCUCGCCCUCAAGCAAAUAAUCAUGUUAAUCUUGACUCCUUUCCAGGUAGGCAAAAUGGAGAAUAAGAAAGCAAAGCAUUCCAACAGAUAAUAUAAAAUGUGACUAAAAUGCUGUUUGACAGUUUUUAAUACAAAUAUGACAUGUAGUAAGUAAAUGAUUCUUUAGAAAGUAAACUUAGUACCCUAAGGGUCUUCUAGUAAAAGUGGAGUGGAUUUGAACUCUCUGAGCUGCCAGGUACUUUGUAACAUCUUCUUAAGGUAGGACAAUAGUUUAAUUGUAACUCCUUGUUAGAAAAAAAAACCAAAAACCUACAUAAAGUAGUUGUUCAUAAUGUGAAGAUUAAGAACCUAAUUUACCCAUUCUCAUUACUCUAUUUGCAUCCUCCACUCCACAGACUUAAAUGGCUCAUGGAGUUCUAAGUAGUGUUAAAAUAAUGAAGUGGUAAAACAAAGUGUUUUAUAUUGAGUACAAGGUACUGUGUAUGGUUUAAGCAGUUCUUUCCAUUUACACAAUUUUCACUUAAAGGUGGCUCAAGUUUUCAACAAAAUCACAUUUUUAAUGAAAAAAUCUUCUUGCUUUGAAAGGAUACAGCUAUGGCCCCUCUUCGCAUAGUUGGCAUGUUUCCUACAAAUAGCAGUGACUUUUCAGGUAGCUUUCUCACGCUCUUAAAAGCUGUAGCUGAAAUCUCAAAAAGUUCAUUAUUUACACUUAAUUUACCUUUAUUAAAUUUACCUCUAAAAUACAUUCAGGGGAAUGAACAGUUUUUGUGAAAUUCCUAGGUUGAAUGUUUUAAAGACCAGCUUAAACUAGCCAGCUCUGCCUUUCAGGAUUUAAAAAGGAUCAUUGCUUAUGUUCACUCAUAUUUGUUUAUUAUUAGUUCAGAAGUUACAGAUACAUAUAUACUAUUAAACUGAACUUACAAAAAAAUAUAGAGGAAAGAUUUCUCUGUCUUUACAAGAAAUCAUCCUACUUAUAAGAAAUUAUACUAUGAUAUCAGCAGUUUGAAACCCCCCAGUACUGUACAUGGUGUCAGAAAAAUCUUUCAGUGACACUCAUGAAAUCCAGAUCUGUUGAGUGGAAUUGCACAGAUACUCUGUCUCAGAACUGUUACUUCAUAAUAGUGUGUGUGUGCACAGAGGGGUUUAAACAAAGUGUGAUUGAAGGGCUGGGAACUCACUGGUUCAUGAGCACAGCUCAGCCCUGAGGUACUGUUGUGGAGAUCCUGUUUGUUCCAAGCUUCAGCUCAGGAUUUGUAAGAGCUCCUCAACUUGGCUUCUGAAAGGGAAUGAGUUUUCUGUCAUUUUCAAUAACAGGAAGGAGUAUCAGUUUAGGUCUCAGAUGGAGUCUUAGGUCAGCAGUGAUAUGAAAGGCCAUUAGCUUGGUUUUACUCCUUUUAUUUUAACCUUGGAGACGUUGGAAGUGUAGUGAGAAUGACAUGGAGAAGUUAAUAACAAAUUGACCACUAUAAUAAAUUUUUUACUAAAAUGCUAUUACCAGAGUUAGUAAGAAACACAUUUAAUAUACUCAGGGUUUAUCUGCACUACCAAACAUCCUUGUUCAAAUGCUGAUCUUCUUGUUAAGAUAUCUGGGGUGAAAAUCAAAUAAGCAAUCAAAAAAUAGGAAAAUAUCAUUGAGCCCUUUAUGGAGAACAAAUAUAUGCCUAGAUAAUUUAUAAAUCAAAACAAAUUCCUGUCUUACAACUCCACUGUCAGUGACAUUCAGUGCUCUUAGGUAUGUAUAAUUUAUGACUAAACCUAUUCUUAUGAAUGAUCUUAACCCAUACGAAAUCCAUUGAAUUAGAAACAGAUUAAGCUUCGUGGUGCACAAGAUUUUACUGACAUGCUUUUGUACUUUUGACCACCAGAGGGAGCCUGUGUUGUCCCAGAGUCACAGUAGGAGAACAAGAAAGAGUAACAGUAAAAGUUGAUUUCAACCUGAUAGAUCCCACACUUGCAUAAACUUUUCAAGUUUUUAGUUUUGACGUAGUUUUUUUUUCUGCAACUAAAAAUGAAAAAUAAUUUUGUUUCUGAUUUUUUUUAGAUCAGUUUCAUCACAAAUAUGAAAAUGAAGAAAAAAUUACAUUUUCAGGUGAUGCCACUGUGAUGGCAUCUUCCAGAUACAAGCUCAAAUUUUUAGCUCUAAGCUUUCUCAAAAUACGGUGGCAUAUUGAGUUGGCUAUUAUAUUGCAUAGAUAUUUCCUCUGUAUCUAUAGCAGCUGUGUCCAAAGUGUGCUAAUUAGUACAAAUGGUUGGUAUUCGUUCAUAAAACAUGCAUAAGUGCAUAGAAGUAGGUCAGGUCUAGUGCCAGUAUAGAAAGACUGUGUUCCACUAGGUGGAUCUUAUCAGCUUGAGUCUUAGAAUUUAAAAAUCAUGACCAGAUCAGUUUAGUAUCCAUCUUCUUUCAUAGACAAAUUAUUUCAAUACCAGCAAUUCAGUCACUUAGAGACUAAAAUCUCCAAUUUUCAAAACAUCCUUAAAUAUCUUUUCUACAUGUAAUACUUCUGGGAUUUUUCCUUGCAGUUGGAAUCUUUGAGGAACAAAAUGAAUGUUGUCUUUCUCACUGGGCAGAUGGACUUUUUUUUCCUUUUCUAGUCACAAGACUGUAGAAUAAUACUAAACAUUUAACUCAUUCCAUUUUUAUCUUCAGAAAAUGUGCUACUGAUCCAGCAUUGAAAAUUAUUCUGGGCAGGUGAAAUAUGGAGAAAAGUAUUCUAAAUAUAUAAGUAGAUAAAGGAAAUAUUUCUCAUCUUGCUGUUUUUCAAUUAUCCAGUAGGAUCCUCCACAGGGGGAUGACUGGAAGAAAAAUCAUCCAGUUUGAAUUGUAUGAUGAGUUGCAAAAACUUACGAUGCAUUUGUUUAUUAAAUAUAUGGCCAUCCAAUCUAUCAUAUGCGUAUCAUCUGUCCCUUUAUUCUGCUUUUUUAAAGUAAACUCUGUGGUCAUAAUUCUCAUAGCCUCAUCAUUUAUAUUUACAGCCAGUUUAAGCCCCCCUUAUUGUUCUCUCCCAGUAUAAAAGUGCCUCUUUUUGAGAGCUGAGCUCUGUGUGUGUAUGUAUGACAGCAGUUCUGUCUUCUGAGCUUGGCUUCCAGUCACUACCAUGGCUCCCAAUAUGUAUUUACUGCAUAUAGUAGGCACCACUUAACGUUCCAUACAAAAAUACAUGUUACUUUAGAAGACAGAAUGGAACUUACUCCAUCCCUCGUAAAUUACAGCCAUUUUGUUUUCUGAUUACAUUGUAAAACUAUGGACUUCCCCCUCAAGGACAGUGAAACAAAAUUGAUGUCUCUGUUUACACUUCUUAUUCAUAAGCUCCUGCUAUAGCAGCUCUGUGGCUAGAGAAGUCCACUAUUAAAAUGCAUAAGAAAUUGACAAAACAAAAAGUGGCAUAAUUAAUUCUUUGUUUAUCCAGAAGAGUUUACAGGUAAUAAAUGCUGAUUUUUGCUGAGAUAAGGAAAAAGGUGAUCUUGCAUAUUUCCCUGCAAGAAUACCCUGCUUUAUUCCUUUUUUAUUGCAUAUUCUUGUGUAUGAUCUGGCACCAUUUACUAGUGGUAAAUGACUGUUGAAAGCAUCAAGUCCAAAGAAAGAAUGAAUGACUCUAGAAGCUGGCAACAUACUGAAUUGGUAUCAACUAAUAAGUCCUUUCUAUUACUUGAAUGUACCUUGAACGUGAAAGAUUUUUCUUUCUGUUCACUUCUAAUAAGAAAAUAGUAAAUUUGGGUCACUACAUCUGCUUCAUUUUCUCAUGCCUUGCAAAAGUUCUAAGGAAGGAGACUGAGUCCUGGGUACAAACACUGUUGGAAAGCGGGAGUAAUUUCAUAUUCCCUUAUAUUCCCCUGCUUAUGCUGCCUACUUGUAUUGGGCAUAAAAGUUGUAAUUUUGCAGACUCUGAGCCAGAAGUCAGUGUGUCUGUAAGGGAGCACAAUCACUUUGAAUAAUUGAAGAAAAUAUUUUCUGGUUACAUAAGUAUGGGAUUGGACCCCAGUGAAUCAAAUAGUCUUUCUAGACACAUGUCCUGGUGUUCAGAUUUUUAACUGGCUACUUACCUAUUUCAUGUAGUGUGGAAUAAAUUUGAGCUUUCCUUUUUCCCAUCCUGACUAAAUGUCAUGACAUUUCUCCUCUUAAUUCCCUUGCAGACCAGCUUUGCAAUCCAAGUGGUCUGUGGAUAACUGUGAAUGUUCUUCCAAGUGAAACCAAAUUCUCUGUUGUUCUCUUCCUUUGUCAUAAGAAGAGCAAUUUUAACUACAGGAGCUGUACUUUUAAUAACUGAGUGGCAUCUUAGACAUACUCUGCUGCCCUUGAAUGGUGGAAUGUGAGUUCUCACAGCCAUACACAUAGUUCUAAACUUUAACUUUAUCAGUAACAAGUGGGAUUAAACGUCUGUUUUCAACCAAAUGUGUGCAUGUGGUGCAAGAGUGUGUGUAAGAACUUUCAUUCUGGGUUUGAAUUUGAGCCAGGUUUACACAUAAGGUCUGGGCCAAAUCGAACUUGAAGGCUGGUGCUUUAAAUGGCAUUUAUAGUGGAAGAUCCUACAAUCAAAUAAAGGAAAUGCUCAUGGAACUGCAGUAAACCAGCCUGAAAUUUUUUCUCUGUUCCAGUAGGUGAUGGUUCUACUACCAAAGCGCUUUUCUGUACUUAGAGAUGCUCAUACUCAGCUUUUCCUAUUACCACUUCUAAGUCAGUAAACACUGACUAACAUGCCUACCUACUUUCUUCUAAGAAAUUGAGUAUUCUGGCCAUGCACAUUCGCUUCUGGGUUUUUGGGCAUGAGGAAGCAAAAGGCUGAGAGCAGAGACAGCUUCUCUUUUGUCAGAUACUUUUGUGGAUUCCAUAAUUGGUUCCUGGCAUGGAUAAAAUAAUUACUUUCUAACCUACUACCAUAAGUAAAGGUGGGGUGUAAUGGAGAGCAAAGACCUAAAACAAAAGAAGAUGGAGAAAAGAAUGAGAAAGGAGGACUAUGACAGACAAAUACCAUUUUUUCUUUAAAGACUAUAGUGAUUAAAAGGUAAAAAUUAAGUUGCUAAAUAUAUGGUGCUCUCCCAUAAACAGUGAAAGACUGGUAGGGGAUUAUCUGCUUGUUUGUUAGAGCAAACAAAACAACUAAUUUUUCCACUUUAAGCAUCUGAUAAAAAUUAUUAUUGUUUUCUGAUUUUUAAAACAUGUAAGUACGCAUUUUUCUUUUCUCUUCAAUGGUUUGGGUUUUUUUCUCAAUUUCUUGACAAGGUAAAAACUAAAGGGAAAAUAUUUUACAGUUUGUAAAAGCAUAAAAAUUACUGAGGAAAUAGUUUCAACAUUUUUUUCUAAACUAUGUGGAAACAUACAAGAGAUCUGUUUUUAUGGUGUCUAUGGAUGAAGCAGUCAAGAUUUGAAUGAAUAUACUUCUUAAAACAUAAGAAUUAUGACAAAUUAUAAAAAAAUUAUAAAGAUUCUAAGAAAACGUAGUUACUGGCUUUAAGUUCAAGAUAAGAGUUUUGUUUACUUAACUUUUACUUGUAAGAGAUUGAGCAUUUUGGAAGGCAAACAAACUCUUAUAAACUUGUUCUCCAGAAAGGCUCACAGUGGACUGCCAAGUACUGUAGAAGGGCCACCCUAUAUAACUUCUUGGUGAUGCUGGAAGUAGAUGACACUUUGGGAUCUACUGCAUGAAUGCAUUGGUACCUUGGUUUUGUUAUGAAACCCUUUUUGGGUACUACCAGUCUCAGAUGUGUUGAAUCAAUGCUUAGGAGUGACGCUAUUAUUUUUUACCAAGUGAAACUUAUGCCACUGUUCUCCCAAUAAUAAGAAACCUCUUUUUUCUUUUUUUCCAGAAGAGAUCCUACUCCAAUUAAAUACAAUGUAUGUGAAUAGUUUAUUAAUUCCUUACAGGUUAAAACUGUAUUUUUUCACUUCUAAAACCCUCGUCUGUUUGCCUUGAGAGAAUUAGAACAAUAUGCUGAUUAACUGACCAGUCAGUAAAAGAAACUUAGAGGUUUAAGUGUCCAAGUUUUCCAAAUGAAACAUUUUGGUAAAAAAAAAAAAAAAAAUAAAAAAAAAGCAUGCAUAGACUGUAAUUUCAUUGUUUGCUCCACUCCCUUGUGGACAUGCCCAGCUUCCUCUGUACCUGGCAGCUUUCCUGUUCAGUAUUCAUCAUGCUAAUCAAUGGGAUUCAGAUGUUCCUGAAAUAAAAUAAUUUGUCUUCAGUCUGCUCUUACAAAGGACACAGACUGUGCUGGAAAGUCUUUUCUUCACUUUCAGAGUACAUUUAAUGCAUGCCACUGUUCAUAAUACAAGGCUUUGGCAAUGUAUCGAUUGCUUUCUUUUACACAAAAAAUCCUUGCACAGGGAAACUCCUUGUGGUUUUUUCCACAGACUUAAAUUAGUGCCUGUGAGAAAAUUAGCAGGCUGAAAGCAAUUGAGACAGAAGUCUUUAAACUUUCAUGCUGUAAUGGGAAGAAUAAUAACAAACCACCAGCUUGAUUCUGUGCUGGUUUGAUAGAGGCCACUCUUAGGUGAGUGGAGGGUUCUAUAAUACAAAGCUGAAAUUAUGAGCAAGCAGGAGAAUUAAGGUAAUGUUUGAGCAUUACUGUACAAACUGUACUGUACAAAGUGUAACAGUGGCCACCUGCUAAAAAAUUUUCCAAACACACUUCUUGGGUAAUGGUUUUAGGAAAAAAAAUUGACGGGCUCUUUGGAGUUUAAAAGAGAAGGUGUAUUUUUUUUAAUAGUCUUGUUUUUUUUAAUUAGGGAUAAGAACAGGAAAGAGAGAGGAUAUUAGUGAAUAAAAAGGGGAAAAAAUGAUGGAGAUUAAAAUCCCAGGACCUUGAGGUUCUUGCUUUUAAAAACCAAAAAGAUUUGAGAAUUUUCCCUUUCUUUUUUUUCUUUGUUUUUUUAUUUUCUUCCCCAGGACCCCACCAAGUAAUUCCUUAAUCAUUUCUUUUGAACUUCUGUAUUAAUGACUGAGCUCUCUGAUAUCUAAACCCUACCACACUUGGGGCUGAAGUUUUGCUAUUGUUCCUAGCAUCCUUCCCUCAGUAUCCCUGAUAGAUAAUAGAAAAUAAACUUUUAUGUCAACAGGUACAUGAA